AUGUUUUUGCUUAAUCUUUUUCGGUUAAAACGUUUUUUUCGAUUUCAUUUUUUCAGUUUACGUGCAGUUGAGGAAAUACUGAGAAUAUUGAGAAAGGACUGUCGCGCUUGCAUAACCGUAUGGUCUAUGGAACAAAAAAUGAAUGAUACCAUCUCGGAAUACCUUAAAAUGCGUGCAAAAAAGAAAAAUGUUCAAAUGAAUCGAAGAGAAGGCAAUGGUCGAUUACGAGUUCACGAGGGAAGCGAUUUCACACAGCAGGAUAUGUUGGUUCCUUGGCAGGAUGCCGGUGGUAAUCAUCACCUUAGGUACUACCAUUUAUUCGUUGCUGGAGAAUUGGAAGCGUUGGUUGAAAAAAUUGAAGGAUGUGAAGUGGAAAAGUCAUUCUAUGAAGAAGGGAACUGGAUUGUUAUUAUUAAAAAAAAAUGA